GUUUCUCUGACACAAAGUCUCAAAUCGUGCAAAAGGGGCGACUGCUCCAGUCUUUCGAACUCUGGGCAGCCUCUUCUUCUCCUUUUCGUUACUCGUUCAAUUGUUGUACUCCAACCAGGGAAAGACGCGAUCGAAGCCAGUCAAGAAUCAGAGCUGUCUCACACUCGUCUUCCCACUGCAAAAUCCCCACCGCCGGUUGUGCCGAACACCAUUUCGACGACGGCGACGACAAAAGACGUCAAUAUCUAAACCCACCAACAUCAGCCACUCACACGAUAUGGAUAUGGAUAUGGGCAUGGACAUGGGCUCCGGCACGAGUUCCGGCGCCAGCGGACACAACAUGAUGGCUGUCUUCCAGAACUCGAUGACCACAUCCCUUUUCUCGGCAGCAUGGACGCCCCAUUCAACCGGUGCCUACGCAGGCACCUGCAUCUUCCUCAUCGUCUUCUCUGCCAUUCUCCGCGGUCUAUUAGCCCUACGCAACUGGCUGGAGUACAGAUGGAUCGAUGCCGAGAUGAAGCGCCGCUACGUCGUUGUUGCCGGACGAGGAACGCUGGCCGAAAGGGUUAGCAAUGAUUCACUGGCGAAGCCCAUGGUGCUGAGCAGCAGCGGCGUCGAGGAGAACGUCAUGGUCGUUCAGAAGCAUGGAGCGGAAGGGCGCCCGUUCAGGUUAAGCGUGGAUCCAAUCCGUGCGGUGCUUGAUACGGUCAUUGCGGGUGUCGGAUAUCUUCUUAUGUUGGCGGUCAUGACCAUGAAUGUCGGAUACUUCAUCUCGGUGCUCGGCGGAGUAUUCAUCGGCAGUCUUAUUUGCGGCCGCUAUGCGACAUACUUCGGUCACUAGCAUGCAUGGCCUGUGGGUACAAAAUCUGGGAUUUUCUGGGCAUGGGAGUUUAGGUUUUGAUCAGCAUUUUAUUGGUGUACGGUUGUAUGUUUU